AUGGCGCAUCGAAGCGACCACAAGGGUGUGGUAGUGAUUGGGAUCGAUUUUGGCACCACAUUUACGGGCGUGGCGUUUGGUUAUGUCAGAGAGGGUGGCAGAGGUCCUAGUGAUGUAAAGCCUGAGGCAAUCACUUUAUGGCCAGCACCAGACCCGGAAGAUCCCCAUUCUGACUCACCUAAAGUGCCUUCGCGGAUAUCUUAUGGUCAAGAUGGAACUGUUGCCUGGGGACACCAGGCAGCUGACAGUGCAGAUUUAAUCACAUGGUUUAAGUUACUUUUACUUGACGAGGACAGUUUAGAACCACACCUUAGAAACACCGCACACAUCAUUCAAGCUCGCAACAGCGUGGAGAAGACUGGCAAGAGUGCGGUCGAAGUCAUUUCUGACUACCUAGGCAAGGUUUGGGACCAUGCCCUUGAGGCUGUUACCAGAAUCAACGGACAAGAUUUCAUGACCACUCGCGCUUUUCACCUGGUCAUAACCGUGCCUGCAAUUUGGCAGGAUAGCACAGUUGCACUAAUGGAAUCCGCAGUCGAAAAGGCAGGGAUUUUAAUGAAACACCAGGGACGCGAAAACACGACUUACACUAUUGUCUCGGAGCCAGAAGCUGCAGCUCUAGCUGUAAUCGAUGGUUACAACAAAUAUGACGUUCUUAAAACUGGGCAAACGUUGAUUAUUGUCGAUUUAGGCGGUGGUACAGCCGAUCUUAUCAGCUUCAAAGUUAAAUCAAUGAAGCCGAACCUAGUUCUCGAGGAGGUUGUGGAGGGAACGGGGGGGUUGUGUGGCGCCACUUUCCUCGACGCAGCUUUCUUAGGUUGCGUUGAAAAGAAACUAAAACGAAUGAAGCUAAAGAACCGAAAAUCGCCAUCCUGGUCACAAGUGAGUCGACGGGAACAGAAAAGUGUCUUGAAUACCGUGUGGGAGAAAGGUAUCAAGAGAAAAUAUUCCGACGGCAAGCGAAGCCCUCGAAUCGAGUUGAAUGAACACCAAGGUCAAAAGGUAGAAGUUUUGCUAGACAAAUUUGACAUGGACGCUAUUUUCAAUUCUGUGUACAACGAGAUUUCACGACUUGUUGAAGGACAAGUUCAAGCCAUCAUUAGCAAAACAAAAAAACAGCCCCAGUUUAUCAUUCUAGCUGGUGGCUUUGGAUGCUGCCAGUAUAUCCAUCAUCAGCUCUCUCAGAAAUACGAAGGCCGUAUUGAGAUACUCCUCGAGAACGGCGAAAAACCGUGGACGGCGGUUGCGCGAGGCGCAGUUAUUUCUGGAGUCGGGCAUGUGAUCAACCAAGACGCUGUUGAUUCCCACAUCUCGAGAUAUUCUUACGCUUGGUUGAAAAUGGAGGACUUCAAUCGUCGCAUUCAUAACAUCGAAGAUCAUGAUAUUCACGAGCUUACAGGUUGCCCCAUGGCCAAAGAACAAAUGGAAUGGAUCAUCCUCCGUGGCGAAAGCGUUAAAUCUCGUAAGCCUCGAACAUAUGAGUAUGACAAGUUCUUUGGUAUCGACGACGUCGGUUACGUCUCGUUUUCAGAGCCGAUCUACCGUUCGAAUCUCGCCAAACCGCCGAAACGGUUGGCAGAGAAUGAGCCGGAGCAUGAUCCAAAUAAGCCUUCUGACCCCACGGGUUUCCGGGAGCACGUCGUGAUUGACAUGAAGACCCCUGUGCCCGUAGAGGAACUGCCUCGACGAAGAGGAAUAAGAUACCCUCAUCGUGUGCUUGAGUACAAGGUUGAGGUGAAUAUACAAGGGUCAUCUUUGAUCAUAAAGGCCACAGCACACGGCAAAGAAAUUGGGAAAAAGGUGAUCUCGGGAUAUUCAAAGUAG